AUGGCGCUGGCGCGAUCCAUAGUUGCCUUGGCCGAGUCCCGCGCGGAGGUGAUACAACGUGAGCUUGCCACUGAGUACAUGGACUACUUGGUCGAAGUGCGGUCUGGUAGCGGUAUAGUUGGAGAAAAUUUUAAAGUGAACAAGGCCUCGGAAGAUUCCAUCAUCGUGUUCACGCCAACAGGUUUCGAAGUGAAGACCGUGCAGGAGGUUGGCAUUGCAGGUACACAGAGGCCCGCGACGCUCUUCAACAAGCUGCAGGCGUAUGGAUAUCGCGUGAGCAGCAGCAAGAGCAUCGGAGACGUGCUUGAGGCUUUGUCCUUUGGAGAGCAGAGACCUGCAAUCUUCAGUCUGCGAAUUCCACGGAGACUUCUGCUGGAAAACCCAGACGUCGCCUAG